UAAACAGGACCGACCACAUUCUGUCCUGAAGAAAAUGGCGGACUGGUGAGACGAUAGGCACCAUCAGAGAGUUGCAGUAUCGUCUUUUUCUGGCUAGUAUCUUCUCCAUAUCACUCUCUAUCGGAGAGGACUAUCAGUCAAGAAUGACGUAGAUGUAGGCAGCUUGGGAAAAAGUGUAAUUCUGUGAAGGUUCGAGAAGAAAAGGGAGGAAAGAGGCAGUUUGGUGAUUGGACUCACGUUCCGCCUUAGGCAGGUGACACUACAGACCAGACAUCAGCAUGGGGAGCCCACCAAAACGUCUGCUGGUGUACUCCCUUCUUAUGGUCAGCUUUUUCAUCGCAGGAGGCCUGUAUCCCAGCAUACAGCUGGGUCUGUCAGAAGCAGUGACCAAAUGGUCUCCAUCCUCAAGAUCGGAUAUAGGACAGGAAACACCAAGCAGUCGAGGAGAAAUUCCGUCUUCCACGGAAAAGAAAGAACAGAAGACGCCUUGGUACAUAAACUUCAUCCGAUCAUUCUUAGAGACUGAGCUUGGAGCGGAAUCCAAAGUGUCAAAAAGGUCGACCAAACAUCACAAACAUCAUGCCAAAAAAGAUCACGUGGUAGAAGUCAAGAGUGGACAUGAGAAGAAGUCCAGUGACGAACACAGUGAAAAGUCGUCCGAGGCGACCAAGAGAAGAGAGAAGAGCGGCAUCGCCUACGCUGCUGUUCGAGCAAUGGAAGAAUCAGAAGAGGCGUUAGACCAGUUCCUGAGGGAAUCCCUUCUGAAGAGGUCAGACCAAGACGAGCUAUAUGAAAAGUUUAAGAAACAGGAUGACGGAGACUGGGUGAAAGCCAUGGGAGUGGUGCACCAUCUGAUGUACCCCAUUGGUCAGAUCUUCUUCGCCUUUCCGGGCGGCUACUUCGCAGCCAAAGGGUCGGCAGUCAAAAUCCUGGGGACGAUGAUGUUUAUAUCGUGCCUGGUCCACCUGUUCGUGCCCCUGCCUAUGAAGUUCCGUGAUAGUCCUCACACAGCUGAUGUCUCUGUGGCCGUCAUGAUGUUCAUAGAGGGCAGCUGUCAGGGAGCGACUAUACCAGCAGCCUAUGGUGUGCUCCACCGAUGGGCUCCUAUAUCAGAAAGAAGUACCAUGGUCGCACUUACCUUAGCAACAUAUUACCUGGGGAAACUGUCGGGUCAGUUUGCGUGUGCUGCCUUACAAGAAGCUCAUGGGUACCUCCCUGCUUUCUACAUCUACGGCCCCCUCGGUCUCAUUUGGGCCAUAGUGUGGGUUCUCACGGUGAAGCCCAACCCCAGUUUAGACGACAACAUUUCCACGAAGGAGAAGGAUAAAAUCAACUCCGGCAAAGACACAGGAAUGGAUGGGACUAAAAUCCCGAUGAAGGAGGUUCUGACAGACAGGAACACGGUAUCAUACCUGGCUACUGGCCUGUGUUUUGCCUGGGGGAUGAGUGUACUGUUGAACCACGCACCGCAGUACUUCGCCGAGAAGGUCGCUCUGGAUGUCGGACAGUCCCCCUGGCUGCUAUGGACGUUGCCCUUAGUAAUGGCAGGUGGGAUGUUACUGGCCGGACCUGGAGCGGAUGUCCUGAUCAGUAAGGGCGCCAGUACGACGAAACUACGGAAAGUAGUCACUGGCUUCGUGUGCACUUCUGUGUUCUCGUUCGUAAUGGCAAUGGCCUUCACCAAGGACCCACAGUACGCGUACGGAGGGACAGUGGCGUCUUUAGUCAUGAUCGGCAUGGCCAUGGGAGGAGGUUACGGCGUGACGCCAUUGGAUGCCUCAGACCGGUACAGCAGCAUCGUUGUUGGUAUCGGCGUGUCUCUCAACACGAUACUGUUCCUCGUCAGCCCUGUGAUCGUUCUGGCACUCAACAAAGUAGAAUUGCCUUUCAAAAGACAGACAGAAGAUGCUAUCACCGGAUGGAAAAACGUCCACAUCGUCACCGCUGUCGUCAUAAGCGUCGCCCCGAUCAUCUAUGGCAUAGUGAUGGGGAAAGGCAAAUUGUUGACAUGGCCUCCCAAAAAACCCAAGCUUCCGAAGUUGGAAUGGCCUUCCCUCCCAAAACUGAAGAAGCUGAAAUGUCCAUCAUGUCCUUCCUUCCCAAAAUUGAAGAAGCUGAAAUGUCCAUCGUGUCCCGGAUGUCCCUCCUUCCCGAAACUAAAGAAGCUGAAACUCCCAUCACUCCCAUCGGUAAGUUCACUGAAGUUGCCUAGCUGGAGCACCAUCAAGAGGAAGGCACAAAAGCGUUACCUCAUGGCUGCCAUGUCUUCACUUGGCUUCAUGAUCCAAUAUGGCGGCCGGGCCAACCUGGCGGUCUCCAUGGUAACCAUGGUGAUGCCCAACCCCUUGUCAAAGAGGCAACUACAGUUUUCCAACUUGGACUGGGGCCCAUACUCCCAGCUUGUCAUGGGCGCUGUGCACGCCUCCUUCUUCCUGGGUCUGCUCGCCUCCCGGCCGUUUGCAAACCCCAUCCUGCGGCGGGUCUACGCUACCAGGGCGUUCGCAUGUUCUAUCUUCGUGUCGUCCAUUCUGCACCUGCUGAUCCCAGUGUCUGCCGCCGGUCACUACAGCGUCAUCAUGCUGGUCAGGAUUCUGCAGGGGAUGGCUGAGGGAAUGACAACGCCAGCCAUGUACGGAUUCUGGGUGAAAUGGGCUCCGGCUAGUGAGAUGAGCAGCAUCAGUUCCUUCACCGUAACAGGUCAGUACAUCGGGAUUGUUGUCGGGAUGGUGGCAUCAGGGUUCUUGGCGGAGUCCGCAGCAGAGUGGCCGUGCUCGUUCUACGUCUACGGUGGUCUCGGCGUGGCGUGGUCCUUUAUGUGGUUUGCCUCCGUGUACCCGACACCAGAGUUCGACCCGGGAGUGACAGAGCAGGAGUGGAAAGCCAUCAUGUCACCUCCUCCUCCUCCGCCUCCUAAACCUGCGGACGAAGAAGCGCCUCCUCCCGAGCCGCAACCGACUUACAAGCCAACCGACUCACCUUACAAGUCCAUGCUCAAGAGUCCAGCGGCGCUGUCCAUCUGGGUGUGUGAAGUCUGUGUGAAGUGGGUCGUGUAUUUGAUGCUGACAUUCGCACCUCUGUACUACGUACAAGUACAUGAGCAGCCGGUGUCUAUGGCUGGCGUGUACAGCGGGGUACAUUUUGCGCUGUUCACUGUCGGGCUGCCCCUGAUAGGUUACCCGGCACGCGCAGCCACCAAGAGCCAGACAGUCUCUACAAACUUCAUCAGAAAAUCAUUCAACUUCCUUGGUCUCGCCACCGCCGGCAGUUUCCUGUUGUCCACAGCGUUGGAGGGAGACUCGCUGGAGAAGGUGGUGCCGUUCCUCACCACCGGCUUUGGCGCACUGGCAUUCCCGCUAGCAGCAGGGUACAAUGUGAACGCGCUGGACAUCGCAGGGGUUCAUGCCAGUAAGUUGAUGGGCGUGUCCGGCGGCCUGUCCACCAUCAUGGGGAUCAUCACACCCAUCUGUGUAGGAGGAGGUACCCUACAUCAGAAUGCUGAAGAGUGGAAUAUCAUCUGGACGGUGUCGGCUGGUCUCCUGUUCAGCAGCGCCACAAUCUUCCUCUGCUGCGGCUCGGGGUCACCGGAAGACUGGUCCGGUGCAGCACCGGCCCCUAGCGAGGCAUCGAGUUCUGCAGCCUCGACAUCAGGCGAUUCCGAACCGACUGACUCAGACGAGAAGCCGGAGGACAAGCCUGCCGAAGACAAGCCAGCAGAGGAUAAGCCAGAAGAGGAUAAGCCAGCAGAGUGAAACCCGUCGGACUAGAAUUUUCCUUACAGAAAGCUACUCAAACUAAUUUUCUGUAAGACAAAAGCAUAUCAAUACAUUACACGCCCCUUUCUCCCACAAGAAAAAAAAAUCAAUUAUUUUUACAAAACCUUUACGUGUGUAAGGCUCACAGCAUUACAAUCAACUGCGUUCACAUAGAUCAGUAAUCUCAACUUCAUUCUGGGAAGUCACCCGAUACACGUCUUUGCUGUAUGAUAUAUCUUUGCUUUUUAAUUCUCCGACACUUUCUUAGAAUAUUGGUACAGUAGGUUUAUGAUAUUAGUAUACUUGGAUUGGUGCUACGAUAAAAUAUUGUAGCAUGAGGAACUAACCCCAUGAUAGUGGUGACUAAGGUAAUUUUUUCACACUUUUAACCAGGAGCGUAGUUAUGUUUUUCUGAGGGCGAUUAGCAUGGUAUAUUGCUGUGUAUUAUGAUAGAUGGAUCUUUAUUGUCGUUUCAUACGAUGUUAUUUAUUUGAAAAUACUUACCACCUAGUUCAGUGUGGUAGUCAUCACAAUGGAAGUAUCAAUUGGUUUCAAAGAGAAAUCUUCAAUACGUAGUCAUACAUUUCUUCUGAAAUUGGAUACAACCGAGCAUUAACGUUUACAUUGUUUCCAUACAACAACGAGGGAUCUAUAAGUUCACUGUAAAAAGGUCACUUUUCUCGUAAACUCAAGUAGAUCGCAAAAGUUUUGGGUCUUAAGACACUUUGGUAAUAGAGAACAAGACACGAGGAGGCGUCCGACUGGGACAAAACACCUUGGGUGCACUUCGUUGCCGUAAUGGCGUGUAAUUUGGCAUUUAGUUUAGAGGCUAUGCCGUAUAUUUUGUCAUAGCGACUGUGCCUCCUUUAUUGCAAGCACUAAACGCCUUGGAGCCUAUAGCUGGUAAUAAAAAUGAACAAGUUUUCGCUUCAAAUUGGGAUAACAUGGUCGAUAUACAUGACUCAAAUGUGUGGCACAUACUACAUUCUUCUGGCGUCAAACCUGCAUACCUUGCAUCAAGUCCAAUAUACUAUCAACUCUUAUCUUUGUUUUAUUACAUUUCCUAGUCGGUAAUCAUGUGGGGAUAUAAUGAAAGGUAUUUAUAGGAUUAGUUGCUAUAGUAAUCAAUAAAAUUACAUUAUGGUGUGCGUUGGUAAUUUUGACAGUGAACGAAUAGCAUAGCAAAAGAGGACGAAGGAAAGCAAGUAUCCUUAGGAGCGAUGGCUUAGAAAUACCGUCUGUGCUUGUAAAUUUUUGUUAGACCGUACUACAAGAAGAAUAACACUGCACAAACAGUACAAUCGGUACUCUAUAGUUUAUACUUUUGAUUUGUGAUACUGUUUUCCCAUAGUGGAGGUAAUAAAGGUGCGAACCCUUCGUUUGUACAACA